AUGUAUAAUGACCCAAUCGCAGUCCAACAUCAUGGUUGUGAAAGCAAGUUCCAUCGACAUCAAAGCUUAUAUUUUAAGCAUGACAAGAGUAAUGGAGUGUGGAUUAUGUCUUCAACAAAAUUAGUAAGAUUUUCGCCAUAGUGUUUUAUAAAAAAUAGUAAUGAAAAUGCUACCCACGUUGACGUCCUGCACAAUGCUCAUUUGGUUGAAAAAAAGAAAAGAGCCACCAUUUUUCCAUGAACCUCCAAAAAAGGGGAGAACAGAGAGACCAUUGUUGUGGAACGAGCUUCCAAAGUGUGUAGUCUCAGGCAAGCUUUAACGGUUCCUACUUUCUCUCCGUACCAAAACGAGAGGAAAUCAGCAUUUCUCCUUGAAACAAGUUCAAUGUACCUUUUGCCUCCUCUCCUUUUCCCUUCGCCCUCGAAUUAGGGAGUGAAAUUCACCGUCAAACCCGACCCAAAAAUAAAAACCGAAUUUUCAAAUUUCACUUUCCAUUUCAGAAAAUGUCGAUCCCGAUCCCGAUCCCUCGACCGUUGCCCAGUGAGUCAUGGGACUGUAUGCUCCCAGGCCCACCGAGCCGCAACAACUUCGGAUCCGCCGACCUAAGCCCCUCUGGCCUCCUCGCCUUCGCCUGCGGCUCCUCCGUUUGCGUAAUCGAUUCCCGCUCUCUCCAGCUCGUAACAACCAUCCCUCUCCCUCCUCCUUCCGCCACUCUCUCCGGUUCUUCUUCCUCCAAUUCCUCCACUUCUCUUUCUCCCUUCGUUACUUCCGUAAGGUGGACCCCACUCCCUCUCCGCCGGGACCUUCUCUCCACUGAACCUUCCUCUUCUCACCUCAUCCUGGCCGCCGCCGACCGCCAUGGCCGCAUCUCUCUCCUUGACUUCCGUCUCCGUUCUCUCAUCCUUUCCAUUGAUCCUCCCGAUCCUUCUUCAAAAUCCGGUAUCCAGGACCUUUGUUGGGCCCAGGCCCGGGCUGAUUCUUUCCUCCUUGCUUCCCUUUCUGGCCCUUCCUACCUUUCCCUUUACAACACUUCCUCUUCUCGUUGCAUCUUCAAAUACGACGCUUCACCGGAAUAUCUCUCCUGUAUCCGCCGCGAUCCUUUUGAUUCACGCCAUUUAUGCAUCAUCGGACUCAAAGGAUUCCUUCUUUCGAUCAAAGUCUCGGGAGAAACAGAAGACAGUAUUGCCCUCAAGGAACUUCAGAUUCGAACCGAUUGUACCGAGUUACUUAAGCUAGAAAAGGAUGCUGCUGCUGGAGGAAGUUCCUCUUCUUCUCCUGCUUCUGCUGUUUUCCAGCUUUAUGCGGUGCGUUUGGCGUUUUCGCCGCUUUGGAAAAACGUCAUUUACGUGACGUUUCCGAGGGAGUUGGUGGUUUUCGAUUUGAAGUACGAAACGACGCUUUUCUCUGCCGCAUUGCCGCGUGGGUGUGCCAAGUUUCUUGAUGUGUUGCCUGAUCCGAAUCAGGAGUUGGUUUAUUGCGCUCACCUUGAUGGGAAGCUCAGCAUAUGGCGAAGGAAAGAAGGAGAACAGAUACAUAUAAUGUGCACAAUGGAAGAGUUGAUGCCAUCAAUUGGCUCAUCUGUCCCUUCACCGUCAGUACUUGCAGUCCUUAUCAGCCAAUCAGAGUCAACGCUACAAAAUAUAAGCAAGCUUUAUUCUGGUUUAUCAAAUGGUGCAUCUGAUGAGGAUUUUGAUAAUCCUUUUGAUUUUUGUGAUGAUACUCUUCUUGUUUCUAAGACACGUUUGAUGUCCAUUUCUGAUGAUGGCAAACUGUGGAGCUGGAUCUUGACUGCUGAAGGGACUGGAGAUAUGCAGAAGGAUCUUAUAAAUUCUGGAAAGAUUGCUGAUGUCUCUGAAGAGUCAACUAAUACAAACAUCACAGUUUCUUCUUACAGUGGACUCACGGCAGAAGGCAGCAAGCAGCUGCACAACAUAAAUGGUAGCAGAAUUCAGCUGUCAAACUCUACUUUUGGCCUGGCAGAUGUGACAUUUAAGAUUAGCUUAGUUGGACAGCUUCAGCUUCUUUCUUCGACAGUGACCAUGUUGGCAGUGCCAUCCCCUUCUUUAACAGCUACUUUGGCUCGUGGGGGAAACAAUCCUGCAGUAGCUGUUCCACUGGUUGCUUUGGGGACUCAAAGCGGGACAAUUGAUGUCAUUGAUGUCUCUGCCAAUGCUGUUGCAGCAAGUUUUUCAGUUCAUAAUAGUACAGUGAGGGGUUUACGAUGGCUGGGUAAUUCAAGACUGGUUUCGUUUUCUUACACACAGGUAAGUGAGAAAACUGGAGGCUACAUUAACAGGCUUGUUGUGACUUGUCUUAGAAGUGGGCUUAAUAGAACUUUUCGGGCCUUACAAAAGCCAGAACGUGCACCAAUAAGAGCUUUAAGGGCUUCUUCAUCUGGAAGGUAUCUUCUGAUUUUAUUUCGUGAUGCACCUGUUGAGGUUUGGGCAAUGACAAAAAAUCCAAUUAUGCUUAGAUCAUUAGCUCUUCCAUUCACGGUAUUGGAAUGGACUCUUCCAACAGUUCCCCGACCAGUUCAAAAUGGUCCCUCUAGGCAAUCUUCCCUUAAAGAUAGUACAGCUGCGGCACCAGCAGAGGCAGCCUCAUCCACAACAGCAUCUUCCUCAGAUUCUAGGGCAGGGAACUCAGAUGGCUCACAAGAUGACACUUCUGAGAGUUUUGCAUUUGCACUACUUAAUGGUGCACUUGGUGUCUUUGAGGUUCAUGGCCGAAGGAUCCGAGAUUUUAGACCAAAAUGGCCUUCUUCUUCAUUUGUUUCAUCUGAUGGAUUGAUUACAGCCAUGGCGUACCGCUUGCCUCAUGUUGUCAUGGGGGACAGGUCAGGUAACAUAAGGUGGUGGGAUGUCACUAGUGGCCAUUCUUCCUCAUUCAACACUCACAGAGAAGGAAUCCGAAGAAUCAAAUUCUCACCUGUUGUUGCUGGAGACCGUAGUCGAGGGCGUAUUGCUGUACUAUUUUAUGACAAUACAUUUUCUGUGUUUGAUCUUGAUUCGCCAGACCCAUUAGCCAAUUCUCUUUUACAACCUCAAUUUCCUGGAACCCUUGUAUUGGAAUUGGAUUGGUUGCCUUUGAGGACUGACAAGAAUGAUCCACUGGUUUUGUGCAUUGCAGGAGCUGAUAGUAGCUUCCGUCUUGUUGAGGUUAACACAAAUGACAAGAAAGUGGGCCCUGGGCCACUGCCACGAAAUAUAAAAGAGAGAUUUCGGCCUAUGCCUUUAUGUUGUCCCAUAUUACUUCCUACACCCCAUGCCCUGGCACUGCGGAUGAUCUUACAAUUGGGUGUAAAACCCUCUUGGUUUAAUACUUCUGGUACAACUAUAGAUAAGAGGCCCCAUUUCAUUCCAGGAACUGCUUCAUCCUCAGGGGAUCUUCGCAGUUACAUGAUUGAAUUACCACCUGUUGGUGAUUCUGUAGUGCCAGAAUUGCUCUUAAAAGUAUUAGAACCUUACCGAAAGGAAGGCUGCAUACUCGAUGAUGAAAGGGCUAGAUUGUAUGCUACCAUAGUCAGUAAGGGUUUUGCUGCAAGGUUUGCCUUUGCAGCUGCGACAUUUGGUGAGGUCUCAGAAGCACUUUUCUGGUUGCAGUUGCCUCGUGCUAUUAACCACUUGAUGAGUAAGUUAGUAAAUAAGUCUCCACAGAAAGCACCUCUUUCAGCAUCAAAUUCAGAGCUUGAUGACACGUCUCUACUUAGUAGAAUUACAUCAAAGGGGAAAUCAACACCUGAAAAUGGGCAGAGGGAUGCAUUGAGUCAAGGUCAGCUUAGAUUAAUGGCUUUUGAGCAAGAAGACUUGUGGGAAAGUGCUAAUGAGCGUAUCCCUUGGCAUGAGAAAUUGGAGGGAGAAGAGGCAAUUCAGAACCGUGUACACGAGCUUGUCUCAGUUGGGAACUUGGAAGGUGCUGUCAGUUUAUUGCUUUCAACUUCACCAGAGAGCCCUUACUUCUAUCCAAAUGCUCUCCGUGCAGUUGCUCUUUCUUCUGCAGUUUCAAAAUCUCUUCUUGAGCUGGCAGUUAAGGUGGUUGCUGCUAACAUGGUAAGAACUGAUCGGUCACUAUCUGGCACUCAUCUUCUCUGUGCUGUUGGAAGGUAUCAAGAAGCUUGUUCACAGCUACAAGAUGCUGGAUGCUGGACUGAUGCUGCUACUUUAGCUGCGACGCAUUUAAAGGGAUCUGAUUAUGCCAGGGUGUUACAAAGAUCGGCUGAGCAUGUCCUUCAUGCUGAACACAACAUUUGGAGGGCGCUUAUUUUAUUUGUUGCAGCUGGUGCAAUCCAGGAGGCAUUGGCAGCCCUGCGUGAGGCACAGCAACCGGACACAGCUGCCAUGUUCGUACUGGCUUGCCGUGAAAUUCAUGCAGAUAUCGUCACUAAUUUAAUAGGCUCAGAUGAUGAAUCAGGGUCAACAGUCAAGGAUACACUGGUUAACUUGCCUGGUUUAAACCCAGAGAAUGAAGAUGUGGUCGCAGUGGGUGAAUAUUUUGGGCAGUACCAAAGGAAAUUGGUGCACCUAUGCAUGGACUCUCAACCAUUUUCAGAUUGACUGGGCUAAGGGAAAAGUCGUUUCAUUUAUUUACAGUGAAGCAAUGUGGAUAUUUUGUUGGAAGAACGUAUAACACCGGAGGGCCAGCAGGAUGGUCAACUUCACGGAUGAAAGAACAAGUACUGAAGCAACUUUACGGAGUAGGCAAACCUAUUUGUUUUGGAGCAGACUCAUUGUCCGAUUUAGCGCAAAGCUGGCUGUUUAGAAAAACGUCAAAGAUGUAGUAGCUCGGUGCACAAAAUUUUGGAUGCUUCUAAACCUUCACCCCACAGAAUAUGGUUUUCAGGAGUGCGGGAUGCAGCUGCUGCUCUCACGAAGAGGAAUUUAUUUCUAUAGAAGACAUUGGUUGAGUUAUAUUGUUUAUUGAUAGUUGCACAUCGUGGCAUUUUCAUAAAGAGAAACUCCAAUGCUGAUCAGUCUCAUUGAUUCCUUUUUUAACAGUUUUGAGCGAUGUAAAUUGUUCCAUAGGGUUACCCUUAUCCGUAUUAUAUUUUGAUACCCAUUUGAAUGGCAUAUAGAGGAUUCCAUUCUAUUUAA